AUGGCGCCCAAAGACUGGGGCCUGUUGUCCCAAGCAGACGAGGAUGCGCUCCACAACGUCUCAAGACUCCUCGCUGUCGAAGCGCGACCCUACACGCAUGCUGCCGGUCGCAUACUCAAGCCCGACUUCUUUGAACAGGCGCGACCAAAACAGCUUCCUUCCCCACCACCAGAUGCCUCGGCGGCCGAUGAGGAGGCUGCUGCGGCAGCAGUAGAACGUAAGCAGCAAAUACACAACAUCGAGAUAUGGCGCAAAGACAUCAUGAACGAACUGUCACUCAUCGAUUUUGCCAUUCUACGAGCCGAGUUCACCACAAACAGCAAUCACGAGGAGCGCCAGCGAUAUGCAGUGGAGAAGAUCGGUAUCGAGGCAAAGCAAGCGCAUGUAAAAACGGCGAUUGAGGAACUUCGCGUACAGCUAGUGGAGGCGAAGGAAACUUUGGCAGUGCGCAAGACGUACGACGAGUUGACGGAAAAGAUCACCAGUAGCAAAAUGUUGAAACCUCGAGAUGAGCAAGCACUUGCGCAUGCAAAAUUGGAUGAAGAGAUUGCAGAGCUUGAGCACGAGGUGCAGUCAGCAAAGGACACAUGGAGCGAACGGUGCACGCAGUUUGGACGUAUCGAGGAAGAGGCUCGGGGCAUGCUGCGUAUGAUCAAGGACGAGAAAGAGGAGGCAGAGCGCAAGGAAGGCAUGAUGAAGGAUGGUGAUGAAGACGGUGAGCACGAGGGUAGCGUUUCUAGGGGUGAUGCCAGCCACGUGGGUACGCCACGACCAGAUGGCGGCGUAACACCGAUUCAUGCAAGCCAGAGUGGGGAGGGCUCGUCUAGUCUCAGAGUGCCCCCACAAGACAGGUUGAAGCCCUUGUCAAGAGAAGCCAGCGUGGUAGCAUCGGCAGGCAGAUCAGGAGCAGUUGAAGAUACUGACAUGGCCGACUCUGGAGCCAAUUUCGAGGAAACCAACGAGGACGACUCUUCGGGUAUUGAAGAAGGCGAGGAUCUCGAAGAUGGUGAGGAUGAUGGAGAGGAUCGAGUAACCGGCAAAAUGGAUGAGUCGUAA